UGUUCGUGUCACAUGAUCUAGCAAAUUCACGCAUGGCUGUGGUGGUGAGCAAGUUUAUAGAAAUGAGCACAACAAGAAGCUGAUGCAUGAAGAAAAAAUACAAAAUGUCUGACCAUCAGCGUUCAGUUAUGCUGAACACAGGUUCCCAGAUGCCCCUUGUAGGCCUGGGCACAUUUAAACUCCGUGGCAUAGAGAACAUAAUGCUGACUGUGGAUGCAGCUCUUGCUGCAGGUUAUCGUCAUUUCGAUACAGCUGCUGUGUACCGCAACGAAGUGGAGAUAGGAAAGGCACUCCGUGAACUGCUGCCAAAGCAUGGGCUUUCGCGGGCUGAUAUUUUUGUCACCAGCAAGCUGGGGCCUCGAGACCAAGGCCACAUGACUCCUGAAGCCUGUCAGCGCAGCCUGGAUCAACUGGGACUGGAGUAUAUUGAUUUGUUCUUGGUACACUGGCCUGGCACACAAGGCUUACGCGUGGAGGACCCACAGAACAGUGCUAAUCGUGCGCAAAGUUGGAUGGCCCUGGAGGAAUUCCAUAGCUGUGGAAAGUUCCGGGCCAUAGGGGUAUCAAACUACACCGUACGCCACCUUGAGGAGUUGCUGGCAAGCUGCAAGGUGGCUCCUGCAGUCCUCCAGGUAGAGUUCCAUCCCAGGCUCGUCCAGGGAGAACUGAGGGCUCUGUGUGCCCAGAGGGAAGUGUGCUUCCAGGCCUACUCUUCACUGGGCACAGGGGCACUACUCUCAGACCCUGCAGUGCUGGAGGUGGCCAAAGGGUGCGGGAGGACGGGAGCUCAGGUGCUGCUGAGGUGGGCAGUACAGCAAGGCGUACCUGUGCUGCCCAAAUCGUGUAAUCCCAGCAGGGUGCAGGAGAACGGGCAGCUGUUUGACUUUGAGCUGACUCAGGAGGACAUGGAGAAACUGACUGGCCUGGACAAGGGGCUGAGGUUCUGUUGGGAUCCGACUUCUGUGGCAUAGAGAGAGCAAACAUUCUCAAAUAAGAUUUUAAGUCAAAACUUGAUGUACGGUAUGAACUGUUUGCACACAAACUACUAAAUGUGUCCAAUAAUGAGCCAGUCUUAACAGUCUGAUGAUCCGAUGACGGCACUAUGAGAUGCAUGAACUGACAGUAUGUGAUGCAGAAAAUGAAUAGGAUUUCAUCCAUAUUUAUUACACAUUGAUUUAUUUUUGUCCUUCAUCAGUGCAGCCCAUUGUCAUAAUGCCUUCUAGAUUUACGUUAAGUUUUUGUGCUGCCAGUAAUUGGAAAACUAAAUUCCUCAGAUGCUUUUCAUUUCAUGUCAUUUAUUUAUUAUACAUAAGACCAACAGUGGUUUAAAAACACGAUAAGGCAUAUUUACAACUUUUGUUACAGAAUUCAAAAACAUGAAAAUUAGCUCACAAAACGGGUUUAAAAUUCCCCACUUAAAACAUAAUAUACUUAGCAAGUGCUUCAAGUAAUGUCUGAGGUCUUUUUAUUUACAAGAGUCCACCUGAGAAGGCCCUUUGAAUGUAGUCUUGAUCUUCCUGCUCAGGUGCUCUCAAAUCACACAGCCCUCAUAGCAUAAGGUAGAAAUGUAGGCCUAGAUGUUCUAACAAAGGGCCUCUUGUAAUGCAACAGGUAUCAUAUAUAUUGAAUCCAAAGUUGUGCAUGCCAGAGUGAGUGAAAAGGAAACCUGCACUGACAAAGCAAAGAAAAAAGCCCAAAUUCUCCAGAUGUUUUUCCUACAGCCUACUCCAAUCUCUCCCACAGUUCUGAGGACAGAUGAAACACUUUGGUAGAUAACGUAUACUUUAAAAUCAUGUUCCUUAGAUCUGGUACUAAAACAAUGUGUUUACAUAUAAAAUUACUGUGUAGAAAACAUGUUCUGUGACCCUGUUUUUGACGAUUCACCUUAUUUUCAAUUAAUAUUAUUAAAAUACCACUAUGUACAGAAGUAGGCUAUAGGCCUAGAAUAUGACUCUCACCUCAAUUAAUAGUGCAUUCAGAAUAAACACAAUUUACAAAAGU